AAUAAAUGAUGUUUUCUCGUAAAGUAGCCACAAUUCGCGUUUUUUUCCCACGGCAUGUGUAUCCAGUGUCACGCAGCUGUCACACAACAGCCCCUCAAGGGCCCCAUUUAGACAUCCAAUAUUUGUGUGACCCCAAAAAUAUCACUGAAAUCUCUCAAAAUAUCGCAAACCGGAAAGGCAUCGGUAAUAUACAGCGUGUCCACGAAUUAAACAACCAACUCCAAGCCUUAAACCGGAAUGACAAGGCCUACGAACCGACUAGACUUGAAUUGGUGUCCGAAGCCCUAAAAAUCCCCAACCGGACGCACCCCCACGUGUCACAAUACGGCGAUAGCCCCAAAACCGUGACCAUCGUGGGGGCGAAGCCCCCCGAUGGUCCCCACCUCGACUUCCAGGAGAUUUGCAAGAAAUUAAGACUGCUUCGCACCGACCAACUUGGUAACUUUUCUGGGAGCAAAAGUUACUAUCUUUUGGGGGAAAUGGCCGAAUUGGAGCACGCCCUGAUUCGUUACGUCACCUCCAACCUUAUAAAAAAAAAAUUCGAGUUGGUUUCAGUCCCGGAUAUCCUCCCUCGUGGGGUUAUCGAAGGCUGUGGGAUGAACACCCGGGGGGCGCGCACCCAAGUCUACGCCCUUGACGAGGCCCUCCACGGGCCCGAUUUGUGUCUCUCGGGCACCUCUGAAAUGGCCCUAGCCGGCUAUCUCGCCCAAAAAACCCUAAACAGGGAUUUUCUUCCAUUAAGGUUGGCAGCAGUGAGCCGGUGUUACCGGGCAGAAACGUCAAACUUGCUCGAAGAACGGGGGAUUUACCGAGUCCAUGAAUUCACCAAAGUGGAAAUGUUCGUUGUGACGCAGCCCCAAGAUUCGGAUCGAGUCUUGGAGGAGAUUCUGGGGGUUGAAAUGGAGGUUUUUGGGGGUUUGGGGUUGCAUUUCCAGGUUUUGGACAUGCCCCCGUGUGAAUUGGGGGCGCAGGCCUACCGGAAGUACGACAUUGAGGCGUGGAUGCCGGGCAGGGGGCUGUAUGGGGAGAUUUCGAGUUGUAGUAAUUGUCUGGAUUAUCAGGCAAGGAGGCUGGGGAUUAGGACCCAUGAUGGGUUUGUCCAUACGUUGAAUGGGACAGCGUGUGCCAUUCCGAGACUAUUAAUCGCGUUAGUGGAGAUGGGACAGAGGAGAAAUGGGACGGUGGAGGUACCAGAGGUGCUGUGGCCCCACAUGGGGGGCAAAAAAUUGAUUGGGAAGCAAAAACAUGUACCCGAAUUGAGGUUAAUUAAAAAUAAAAAGGUUUAAUUCGA